AUGUAUGAGAAGUUAACCAUGCUGAACCUGCAGAGCGGCUCGAACUGGAGUGGGCCUAACAACUGGUACCAUGACCCCACCGGCGUUCAGACGCAACACAGCACAGUGUCUGAGGGCUGUCUGCUGGACACGGAGGGCAGCAUGGGGGGUGAGGCCGGGGGAGGAGGAGCGGGCCGAGGAGGAGGAGUCCCCGUGGAGCGGGACGAGGGCGAGGAGUCUCAGCUGAGGCUGCAGCUCAAGAGGAAGCUGCAGAGGAACAGGACCAGCUUCACACAGGAGCAGAUCGAGGCUCUGGAGAAAGAGUUUGAAAGGACACAUUACCCGGAUGUGUUUGCGAGGGAGAGAUUGGCGAACAAGAUUGAUCUACCCGAGGCCAGGAUACAGGUGUGGUUUUCAAACCGAAGAGCCAAGUGGAGGAGGGAGGAGAAGCUGCGCAACCAAAGGAGGUCAGGCGGCGUGACUUCUUGUUCGCAGAGCCAAGCCCCUCUGAGCACUUCGUUCAACACGUCCGUGUAUCAUCAGCAGCACGGCAGCAGUUCAGGGUCCAUGUUGAGUCAGGCUGAGUCGUCCCUGCCCAGCUACAGCUCGCUGUCAGUUUUCUCAUCUGGAGUCCAGUCGAUUCCUCCUCAGUCGGCCUCCUCCUACUCCUGCAUGUUACCUCCAUCCCCCUCUGCACCGCGCAGCUUUGACUCCUCGGCGUACUCCUCCCCUCAUCUGCAGACUCCGCCCUCCGCCAACUCCAACACAGGGCUCAUAUCGCCCGGCGUGUCAGUGCCGGUCCAGGUCCCGGGAACCGAGCCGCAGAGCAUGAGUCAGAACCUGGGUCAAUACUGGGCCAGAUUACAGUGA